AAUUAUUCAUAUUAACAGCCAAAAAAAGAAGAUAUGUCAAUUGAGAAGCAAAUGAUGGUUGGAGAGGUGCCGGUCAGCCCGUUUUCACGGCUGUUCAGCAUGCCAGGCUUCGAUUGCUUCAACAUAGUCACCAUUGGAUUCAAAAACGAGGCCAGUCCAUCAGCCUUUAUAGAAGGCUUGAAGAAUACUUUGCUCAACCAUCCACGCUUCUCUUGCAUACUAGAGACAGGUUCUGGUGAACACAAACCAAGAUGGAUUCCUACAAACGUAAACGUUAAAGAUCAUGUAGUUGUUCCGAAUAUAGAUCCCACGAUUGAAAAUCCUGAUCAAUUUCUAGAGGAUUAUACAUCAAAUAUGGUUUUUUCACCAAUUGAUGUGUGUAAACCGUUAUGGGAGAUACACAUACUCAAUAUUAAAACAUCAGAUGCAGAAUCUCUCCUUGUGGGGAGAUUUCAUCACUCCUUGGGUGAUGGGAUGUCACUUAUGUCUCUUUUACUCGCUUGUAGUCGAAAAACAAGUGACCCAGGGGCAUUACCCACUUUGGUUGCUCCAAAAAAGAGCAAAGUAACCAAUGUUUGGUGGUCGUUGGUUUCUCGUUUGUGGUUUAUAAUAAAACUAAUGUUCAACACUGUUGUUGAAGUUUUCAAGUUUCUGCUCAUUCUGUGCUCUGUCCGUGACAACGCAACUCCUCUAAUGGAGAAACCAAUUAGGGCUACACUUACCCCUAACAAGUUCAUUCAUAGAGUCAUUAGUUUGGACGAUGUGAAAGUCGUGAAGAACGCAAUGAAUAUGACUGUGAAUGAUGUUAUUCUUGGAAUGGUGCAAGCUGGUCUUUCACGAUAUCUGAGUCAAAAAUACGACUCGGAAACAAAUCCGAAGUUAAAGAAAUCUCUAGAAAAUAUAUGUCUUCGUGGUGUUGUAUUCUUUAACCUAAGAUCAAAUAAGAAAAUCGAGGAUCUUGCUAAAAUGAUGGAGAAAGGUUCGAAUUCAAGAUGGGGAAACUCAAUCGGUUAUGUUAUGAUUCCGCUAUGGAUGAAAUCUGAAAAUGAUAUAUUUGAAUACAUCCGACGAUCUAAAACUAUUAUGGAUCGAAAAAAACUCUCUCUCGAACCUCUAUUUUCCUAUAUGUUGUUCAAAUUGACUGUGGAAGUUUUUGGAUAUAAGGCACUAAGAACUCUUGCAAUGAGAAUUUUUGGUCGCUCAACAGUCGUAUUGUCAAAUGUUGCCGGUCCGACCGAAGAAAUAAGCCUUUUCGACCACCAAAUAUCUUAUGUUGCCGCAAGUAUAUCUGGUUUUCCACAGGCGCUCAUUGUCCACAUAACAAGCUAUGUAAACAAAGCUAUCAUCAAUCUUGGAGUUGAUCUCGACGUAAUUCCAGACCCUCAUCACCUUUGUGAUCACAUAGUCGAAGCUCUUCAGAUUAUGAAAUCAGCUGUCGAAGAAGAAAUUUCUGGCGAUUUGGGAGUUUGAAACGAAAUGUCUGAUGAUGCUAUUUGCGACAGUAAAAGUUCGACGUAGACAUCUAAACGAACCUAGUCACGAAAAAGUCGUAUCAGUUCUUCAUUUCCUAUAAUACGAGUGUUUUCUAUGUAUAACUAUUUAGUCUAUUUUCCAUUUAUGUGUUAUUUAUAGCCGAACAUUUAUCAUACCGUGCCAUCUUAUCUACGAGUGGGUGUAAUAUCUAUUUCUACGGUUUGUAUAUUGAUUAUAUGAAUGAAUAACUUACAAUUCGUUAUACUCGUA